AUGUAUCGCCAAAUACAUGUUCACCCCGAUCAUCAUAGAUUCCAAAGAAUAAUUUUUCGAUCGUCAAAUUCAGAAUCAGAUUUGGCUGAUUUUGAAAUAAAUAGGGUUACUUUUGGAGUUAACUGUGCUCCAUAUUUGGCAAUCCGAACAUUACAUCAACUUGCCUCUGAUGAAGGAAACCAAUAUCCUUUAGCAAAGGAUAUGGUAUUGUCAGAUUUUUAUGUGGACGACGUUUUUUCUGGAGGGUUCGAUCUAGAUACUGUUGUUCAAGCUCAAACUCAGUUAAAUGCACUUCUUUUGUCCGGAGGGUUUUGCUUGAAAAAAUGGACUGCAAACCACCCUCGCUUGUUGGAAAACAUUCCUAGGGGGGAUGUUUUAGACCAACACUUUCUUAUGUUCGAUGAGAAUUCACAUUCGAAAGUUCUAGGUAUAGGGUGGAAUGCAAGGGAAGAUUGCUUCUAUAUUCGAUGUAACCUAUUUUCUUCAACAACUGUUUUGACUAAACGUGAGCUUUUUUCAAAUAUAGCUAAAAUAUAUGACCCUAUAGGUUGGCUUGCGCCAACAACAAUUUUACUAAAGAUUUUAUUGCAAGAUGUCUGGAAAGACAAAACCGAGUGGGAUGCGCCCAUAAAAUCAAUCAACAAAACCGAGUGGGAUGCGCCCAUAAAAUCAACUCGGUUAGAGACAUGGAAAGAUUUUGUGAAAUCAUUUCCUAUAAUAAAGGAUCUCAGAAUUCCAAGAUGGAUCAAUUAUACUCCAGAUAUGUGUGUUGAAAUACACGGAUUUUGCGAUGCAUCUCUAAGUGCAUAUGCUGCUGCUGUCUACUCUAGGAUUUCAGAUUCAUCUGGAAAUGUGUUUAUCAACCUUCUUUGCUCAAAAACAAAAGUGGCUCCCCUAAAAGCCAUUUCCAUACCUCGGCUGGAGCUUUGUGGAGCUGUUUUGCUAACAAGGUUAGUAAACGCUGUACAAAGUAGUCUACGCCUGAAAAACUAUCAUGUUUACCUUUGGACGGAUUCAAUGAUUGUUCUUUAUUGGAUUCGUGACUGCCCAUCUCGACUUGAAACGUUUGUCCGAAACCGGGUCUCUAAAGUACAAACUGAGAGUCCGCCAGGUUGUAUUUGGAAACAUGUUCCUUCUGAACACAAUCCAGCUGACAUCGCUUCCCGCGGUGUAAUGCCUCAGAAUUUAAUAAACAAUGACCAAUGGUGGCAUGGUCCAAGUUGGUUAAAGAAUUCCCAGGAAACUUGGCCAAUAACGAAGAUUCAAAAGGAUCCCAAUUGGAAUCUUGAAAUCAAACAAAUUAAAAGCUUUGUAGUAAAUCAAAACACAAAUGAUGAUAUUUUGAGAAGAUUUUCAUGUUACUCUCGUGCUAUAAAAGUCAUAUCAUAUUUGUUUAGAUUUAUUAACCUAGCUUCUCGCAAAAGAAAAAGGUUUUAUCCUUUCAGAUACUUUUCUAUUAAGUUAACUCAUCAUGAAUUAACUUUUGUGAAAACUCGACUCGUUGUACUAGCACAACGCUUCUAUUUUAGUGAAGAGUUCAACGCUCUAUAUAACUCGAAACCGUUAAGUAAAAAUAGUACAAUUUUAUCGCUUAACCCUACCUUAGACUCUGACCUAAUCAUGAGAGUCAACGGCCGUUUAACCAAUGCAAAUUUGAGUUACAAUGAAAAAUAUCCAAUAAUAUUGCCAUACUCAUGUCCGUUGUCGAAAUUGCUAGUAGGAUUCUUCCAUAAAAUUUCCCUACAUGGAGGGAACCAACAAGUCAUGUACCUAAUGCGAAAGUCAUUUUGGAUUCCAAAACUAAAAAACUUAAUAAAAUCGUUUGCCAAUAGUUGCAUUGUUUGUGUUUUACACAAAAAGGAACUUCAAACCCAAAUUAUGGGAACACUCCCACCCGAAAGGGUUAACUAUUCCUUUCCAUUCACUCAUGUUGGAUUGGAUUUCGCUGGCCCCUUUGAACUAAAGGUUCAAAAGGGUCGGUUCUAUCAAGCAAUAAAAGGUUAUGCUUGUCUUUUUAUUUGUCUCUGUACAAAAGCUGUACAUUUAGAAGCUGUAGGAAGUCUAUCAACGGAGUCGUUUUUAGCUGCUCUUGAUAGAUUUGUCGGUCGUAGAGGUGUUCCCCAACAACUUUUCUCUGAUAACGGCACCAAUUUUGUUGCUGCUAAUAAAAUAUUAAAAAAGGAGUUGAAAAAAGCCGUAUCAGAAGCUACAUUGGAAGCUGAAAAACUCUAUCUACCAAUGAAUUUGAAGUGGAAUUUCAUUCCACCAGGUUCUCCUCAUAUGGGUGGUCUAUGGGAAGCUGGUAUAAAGUCGUUUAAAACACACUUUAAGAAGGUUGUUGGAAACUCCAGGCUAACGUUUGAAGAGUUUUCCACACUGCUUGUUAAAAUUGAGUCAUGUCUGAACUCCCGCCCUAUUUCUCCGAUUAGUGAGAACCCUUCUGACCCUCUUCCCUUAACACCGGGACAUUUUUUAAAAGGUGCACCCUUGCUCUCCUUACCCGAAAGCCAAGUUGGCGAAAUUGCAAAACUAAGGAAUUGGGAAAGAGUCCAGCAAAUUUUAUACUCUUUUUCAAAACGAUGGAAGGAGGAAUAUUUGACCGAUCUUCAACGAAGAACAAAGUGGAAAUUUCCUAAGCGUAAUAUCAAAGUUGGAGACGUUGUAGUUGUGCGCAACGAAAAUCUACCACCCACUCAAUGGCGACUGGGAAAAAUAGUGGCUGUUCACCCUGGAAAAGAUGGAAAGGUUCGCGUUGCUACCGUUAAAACUCAACAAGGCGAAAUUCUACGCCCUAUAGUUAAAUUAUGUCUCUUGCCUGUCGAUCAGGAAGUGUUCCAGGUGUAUCUUGCUUCACAAAACAAAUAA